CGUGCAUGCAGUUGUUUUCGGGUGUUGGUUUGAAUCUGUGGCGGCGGCGGUGCCUCUGGGCAACGUGGCAGGUUGCCAGCCAACUCGAUCACAUCACCCAGGCCACUGCGAGUGUGGCUGUUAGUGAGUGAUGGGAGUGAGAGUGAACCACCCAGUAGGCCAACCAACUAACCAACCAACCAACCACCGCACAGCCCACAACCAACGGGCAGACGUGUCGAUACUUGGGGGUUGCCUGAACGACGAGCUGUGCUCGCACAGCGACAGCCACGGGAGCGAGGGACACACGCACAUCAAGACGUGCAGGAGAACACGGCAGAACACCAGUGGAGGCGUGCAGACUUGCGUCGUUAAACACGCCAAAGCCGUCCCUACAACACGCCGCGUUGCACGGCGACUGGGAAGGGUUGUUGCCUGCAAGCACCAAGGUGCAAGUGCGCGAGCACCCACCAUCUCCACGUAUCCGACCGUUACUGCCCCCGCUACGACUCGGACACGCGCAGCCAACCAACCUCCACCAAACAACUAAACACCCACAUCCAAAUAUCGCGCGGACAACCACUGGUUGGUGUUGCCUGGCAAAGGACACACCACCCCACACCCCCGCGCGCGCUCACUGAACCAUCCAGCCAUUGGUCACCUCUCACUCACUCACACACUCUCUCCCUCCCCACUGCUGUGUGUGCGUGCGGAACAAGCCAGCCACCCGGUCAACAGCAACAACACUGCCAGCACCAGCACACACAGGCUGCACGUUUUUGUUGUUGUGGUGGUG